AUGGAUGCCCUUAUGAAAGAAAUUGAUGUACUAAAGCCAGAAGUGAAGAACACACUAAUGUUUUCCCAAGGGAUCGACUCAACAAAGAAGAGAAUCCUUAUGAUAUAUUUGUUGAGGAGCCUUGGCCUUGCAUAUCACUUCGAGGAAGAGAUCUAUGAGAUCCUAGAAGAGGGUUUAGAAAAGAUAGAGGAGAUGAUGGCUGGUGAAGAUGAUUUGUACACAGUUUCCAUCAUCUUUUGGGUUUUCAGGAGUUACGGUCACAACAUAUCUUCCGAUGUCUUUCGACGAUUCAAAGGGAUGGACGGAAACUUUAGAGAAUCGCUUAAGGGAGAUGCCAAGGGUAUCUUGAGCUUGUAUGAAGCUGCACACUUGCGGACAACGACAGAUCAUAUACUGGAGGAAGCAUUGAGCUUCGCGUCAAGCCACUUGGAGUCCUUAGCUACAGGCGGGACGUGCCCGACUCAUCUCUCAAUGCGUAUUCGAAAUGUGCUCACUCUACCUCAGUGUUGGAAGAUGGCGAUAGUAGCCGCAGUGGAAUAUGUCUCAUCGUACGAACAAAAAGACCAUGACGAAAUGCUACUCAAGUUUGCGAAGAUCAGUUUCAAGGUAGUACAGCUCCAAUACCUUCAAGACCUCGAAAUCGCUACCAAAUGGUACAAGGAGGUAGACUUUGCAUCUAACUCACCACCUUUCUUCCGAGACAGAAUCGUCGAAAGUUAUUUCGUUGUACUAGCGAUGUUCUCCGAGCCACAAUUCUCACGUCAAAGGAUUAUGUUUACCAAAUUCUUCACCGUUUUAGCCAUUCUAGAUGACACAUUCAAUAGAUAUGUGUCUCUUCCUGAGGCUGAAAGCCUCGCCAACAGCUUCAAAAGGUGGGCUCCUGAUCAUGCCAUGGAUCAACAACCUGAUUAUUUGAAAUUCGUGUUUAACUUUAUAUUGGAUACUUUCCAAGAGUUUGGAAAAGAACUUAGACCAGCAAGAACACCUUAUAGUGUGAAAGCCACUAUAGAAGAGGUCAGGACACUAGUGAAAGCCAACUUCGAUCUUACAAAAUGGGCACAAGCGGCUCACGUGCCUAGCUUUGAGGAGUAUAUAUGGAGGGGAUAUGUCACAAAUGCCGUCAACUGUUAUAUGAAGCAAUAUGGAGUUACCAAACAAGAAGCUGUUAGGGAGCUUCAUAUAAUGGUUGAAGAUGCCGAUAAGACAAUAAAUGAGGAGCUCUUGACUACAAUUGGUGUGUCACGUUUGGUUCUCAAGGCAGCAAUGAGUAUUGCACAAAUGAUCGCUAUCUCCUACAAUGGAUAUGAAGGAUUCACCCAUCCCGAAGGAAAAACAAAGGAGUAUAUGACUUCGAUUCUUGUCCAUCAGUUCCGUCUUUGA